UGUCAAAAAUAGUGAACAGAGUUUUGUGUGCUGGUGGAUGUUGCUAAAUAUUUUUCAUUUCAAGGAAAUGCCAAAGAAAAACUGUUUCAUUUAUUUGUGACAAAAGUAAACGAUUUAUGUGAACUAAAAUUAAAGAUUAGCUUGGAUACAGUUGUGACUUAUGAACUUGUGUAACCUUGGGACGAAAAAUUGAAAGGAAACAUCUAAAAUUAAAUACAGUAAAAUGGAAUUAACAUAGCAAGGAAACAAUGAGUGCUCAAAGUGGGUGUGUCAGUUGCAAUGGAGGUUCAGAGUUGUAUGACAAUAAGCAUGAAGCGGACUGCUCUGAGGGUGAGGAUGCCCAGAUCAGGCUAGCUCCGCAUGUCCAGGCAUAUCUGGCACACAACAACUCCACCACCAACUGCUGUGGCUUUGCUAUACCCAUUGCAUUUGAAAGAGCAGCUCCAGGAACCUGGUGGAACCCUAGAUUUGACUCAGAAAUACUUGAAGGCCAAUACAGAAGUAGUUCCUUUAGGCAAAUUAGGUUAAGAUUCAGAUUUGCACUUUUAUACAUUUUAAUAUUUUCUAUAUCAUGGUUUGUCUACUUUGUAGUUCUUGGCCUACAUGGCAUAACAGUCAAGUGGCCAUUUCUGUGUUCAAUAUUUGCUGCAGUUGUCUUGAUAACCUGUGUUAUGCUAUUUAUCACAUUUACUGAUAUUUAUAAGAUUUUUACAUUUCGAAUCUCCCUGAUAAUGGCAUUGGCUCUUUGCGUCCUCAGUUUGUCUCUUGUAACUUUGACAACACAAUUGGAAACAUCAUUUCCUCAAGUGGCAGAUAUAAGCCAAUCUGGUCAUUUUACUAUUUGUAUUGAAAUAUUAUUAAUUAUAUACACAUUGACACCUCUGCCAUUGUUUGUGUGUGUUAUUAUAGGGAUAUUAUACUCCGUUGUUUUCGAAAUCCUUAAUAUUCUCCUGCAUUUAUCUGAACAAGAAUGGCAAUAUCCCGGAAUGUUUGUGAGAGUUUUGCUCCAACUUUGUGUGCACAUAAUUGGGGUUCAUAUUUAUUUGAUGACUUUUGUAAGAAUGCGCGGCACAUUUAUGAAAGUAGGGCAAAGUUUAUUAGUAAGACGACAGUUGGAGAUGGAAAAACAAUUAAAGGAAAAAAUGAUUCAUUCAGUUAUGCCACCGAAGCUGGCCAGUUGGUUAAUGGAAGAGCAAGUUUUAGAAGGUGAAACUAACUUUAAAGCUCAACAUCCACUUAAUCAAAGAACAUCAAAUCCUGGAGCUGGUGAUAUCAAGUCAUUAUUCAGACCAUUCAACAUGAGCUGCAUGGAUAAUGUUAGCAUAUUGUUUGCUGAUAUUGUGGGCUUUACAAGGAUGUCCAGUAAUAAAGGUGCUGAAGAAUUAGUGAACAUAUUGAAUGAUUUAUUUGAGAAAUUUGAUGAGCUCUGUCAUAUACAUGGAUGUGAGAAGAUUUCCACUUUGGGAGAUUGUUACUACUGUGUCUCUGGAUGUCCUGAGCCCAGGCUGGAUCAUGCAACAUGUUGUGUUGAAAUGGGCCUUGGCAUGAUAGAAGCAAUUCAAGAGUUUGACAGAGAGCGCGGCGAGGGUAUCAAUAUGAGGGUAGGAGUUCAUACUGGAACGGUUUUAUGUGGAAUUGUUGGCACACGAAGGUUUAAAUUCGAUGUAUGGAGCAAUGAUGUGUCUUUUGCAAAUAAAAUGGAAUCAACUGGUAAACCGGGCCGCGUCCAUAUAUCAGAAGAAACAAGCAAAUUUUUGGGAGGUUCCUACGUUUUAGAAGAAGGCGAAGAGGUAUUUGGUCAUAAAACCUACUUCAUUGAGGGACGUCAGCUUAAUUCUCCUUACGACCACGAUCAGUGUAUCACACCUUCGAAUCCUAUUAAUCCUCGCCUCAUCAUAUCUCCCGCAGUUUCCCCGCAGUCCAAUUUCAAUUUAAACCAUUCGCCUCUCCCGAUCACCGCCAAAACGCACGCAUUAGACGACAAGAAGGGUUCCUGUAAUACUGAUACCGAUAACUCCAAUUUCCUGUCCCCCAAUCCAUUCAACUUUCGCACGAAGGCCAGUUCGCUGCCGAGUAUACUUGACUCUGAUGCUGAGUUGGACGAGAAGAGGGAGAAGGACUUCGUCGAAAGUAACGAUACUUCAUCCAAAAGUCCGACGUCUGUUGGCAGUUACGGCAAGUAUACGAAUAAACUGAAAAAUUGGAAGGUGCCCAGGUUUCUAAGGAAACAUUCGGACACACCACUCCAUGAGAUAAAGAAGCAAAACUUUAGCGACAAAACGAUACAUUACCUGGAAAGGGGAGAUGAGAAUAUCCAAUCGAACAAUGGUUACCACCAAGUCCCUAUAGUAAUAGAAUCUCAGGACAGUAAACAGAGGCCUGCGCAAAGCAGCAGCAAGAUUCACGUGCCGCAGGGACAAGACAUAGCCUCCUUUGAGAGAGAGAUUAUCGACAUACGAUCAUAUUUGAGUCAAUCGAGAAGCAAUAUGUCGCCAUUUGCUAGAAGUAGUAGCUACAGAUCGCACUAUGGGAGGCCGAAUUUAGAGACGCCAGUAAGUCGUGCACGGAGCUCUACCCUGGCGACUCAGGGUGAGUUGAUACGGCCUAAGGACCGCCGAUUGAACCUGCCCUUGCCGUCCCAAUCGCCCAGGGUACAAGAUGACUCGGUCAGCCUGUGCCCCUCUGUCAAUAGCCGCAAAGACUCUGGUAUAAGGAGUACCAGCCGGAGGUCCAGUAUACAACACCAGAUAUUCGCACUGAAUCAGACAGCAUUAGCGACAUCGCAGAAUGAUAUAAUGCAGCACAGAGUGUCCGGUUACUACACAUCGAGUCAGUCUUCGUUGAAUGAUGUGCCGUCCCGAACUCGCUUACCGCCUCCUCUCAACGAACAACAAGUGCAAUCCCUCCAGAAGUUACGCAAGCAAUCUGAUCUGCAACUAAUACGAUGUGUCCAAGACAACGCCAGAUCAGGUAUCAGCUACUUCGUUCAACCACCUCUAAACACGUUCACGUUGUUCUUCAAGUCACCAGAAAUGGAGAGACAUUAUCGUGAUAAAGCCCACAGAAGCGACGACAGUGAAGAUUUCCCUCCUACUUUAACUACGUCUAGGUUCAAUACGGCGUUAGAUAUACUAGUAUCGGCGAUCAUUUUUGUCGUAGUUACUAUAUCAAUAUUCGUAUUAUACUCAGAAUGGCGUCAUUCUUACGGAUGGGUGAUAUUUUUCUUUGUCAUAGAAGCUUUGGCGAUAUCACUCUGCGUGUACCGACAUUACUUGAAGUGGAAAACUAAAAAUGAACCUCUAGUCACAAACACGAUUAGACGAUCUGUUAAGAUAUUCAGAAAGCUCUCGGAUUGGUUCCCUUGGCAUCUGUCCGGUAGUCUACUUAUCAGUUUACCCGUGUUGGCCGUUCUAAUUAACUUUUCGUGCAUCAACACAACGAUGACUAUACUGAAAGGCGAGCAAUCGUUUUACGUUUAUCUGUUAUGCAUCGGAAUAGUCGAGUUUUGUAACUUUACUCAAAUGAAUUGGCUCGUUAAGAACACUUUGGUCACAUUAUACGCAGGCCUGUUUCUGUUCUUCGCAGUGCUGGGUUGUCGCGAAGUUAAUACUCAGUUGAUAGAUGGCGAUUUUCAGUUCGGCUCAAAUCCACAAGCUGUGGCGCGUAACUUAACUUUUAUGAGUAUGAUGAAUGGAAGCUACGACGAUUGGUUGGAGAGAAAUGGUACUGAAUUAUUUGAAGGAGUGCGACAUAAAAUGCAUUUGACAGAACUUUAUCUGGAUGUCGCUCUACUGUUGAUGCUCGUUUGGUUCCUUAAUAGAGAAUUUGAAAUCAGUUACCGAUUGAGUUUUUAUAGUAAUGUCGUGGCAAAUCUUGAUAAACAGAAAGUACAGAACAUGAGAAACCAAGCGGAUUGGCUCCUCCAUAAUAUCAUACCGCGCCACGUGGCCGAUCAAUUAAAGAACACCGCGAAGUAUUCGGAAAAUCAUAAAGACGUCGGCAUUAUAUUCGCGAGCAUAGUCAACUUUAACGAAAUGUACGACGAAUCUUAUUUGAAGGGAAAAGAAUAUUUGAGAGUUCUAAACGAGCUGAUAGCUGAUUUUGAUGAACUGUUAGAGAGGCCGCAGUUCCAACAUGUUGAGAAGAUAAAGACCAUAGGUAGCACUUUCAUGGCCGCGAGUGGACUCAAUCCCGACUUGAGACACGCGUCUCGGGGAACUUACGAUCAUUUGUACCAAUUAAUGGACUUUGCUCUUGAAAUGCAGAAAGUUGUCGAUAACUUUAAUCAGGAUUUACUCGAGUUUGACUUCAUUUUACGCAUCGGGUACAACUUUGGUGAUGUCACCGCGGGUGUCAUAGGGACCACUAAACUCUACUACGACAUUUGGGGCGAUGCAGUUAACAUAGCGUCGAGAAUGGACUCCACCGGGGUCGUCAAACGUAUUCAGGUCGGCGAAGCUUGUAUCCCAGUUCUCUCUGCCAAGUACGACUUCGAACCUCGUGGCCGAGUCUACGUUAAAGGUAAAGACGACAUGAAUGUAUAUCUUGUUGCAGGUAAAAAGGACACUUAGAUUAAAAAAUUAUAUUUAAAAAAAAAACGUAGAAUCUGUGAUUUAAUUAUUUAUAUUUUUUACAUUUGACAUUAUGGAACGGAAUACUAUAUUUAUGGUAAGAAUAAUCUACUUGUCUAUCUUGUUUUUGAAGUGUAACAUUGAAGUGAUAGAUUUGUCGAAAAAUACUCGUAGGUAAAAUCCUAUUUACAUAUAUCAUUGUAAUAAAAUUAAGCGUCUAAAAUUAGACUACGAUGUUGCCAUGAAUUAAGUAUUUUGAUAUUUUAUCUGUGGUUGAAUUAGAAAAACGUUGAAAAGGACGGCUCUAUAUUUGUAGCACAAUAACUAUUCUAUUUAAAAAAAAAUAGUUAAUGUAAUAUCGUGGUAAAACUUCCUCUGUGAUUUCUUCUUUAGUAGAAAAAAGUGCUUAGUAAUCCUUGCCUGUAUAUGCUAUCAGUAAUCUAGUCUGAUAUCCAUUUUAUGGAUAUUCUGAUAUCCAUUGUACGGUGGUAAAUAAUAUAUUCUUACCACGAUAUCUCUGUUGGAUUGUCGACAGUAGGAAUUAAAAAUUUGCACAGGGCAAUAUUGAUAAAUGGAUGCCAUAAUCCAAUUAGGGUUGCCAUACGCAGAGAUAGCGUGAAUCGAAUAAAUGUUUUUUAUAUUUCUAUCGACAGAUAAAUCUUACGAUUACUUAAGUAUAUUUAUUGUCAAAUGAACUAAUCGUAUUUAGUGAGAUUUGUAUAGAAAACGAAUAAUUUUUAUUUAUAUGGAAUUAGAGAAUAUUUUGUAUAUAAAAGAAACUAACUGCUACGUAAUUCGAAUUUUUGUUAUAUGUUUAUGUGGUAGCUAAUUAUCAUUAACUUAUUAAUAAUUAUCUCAAGGUACUAAUUAUUUACACACGAGAUCAUAGAAUUGUGAAAAUGUAGCUAAAAAAAAUUUCUCAUUUAUAAUUUAGUGUUGUGUAUUUCUGGCAGCUUUUUUUUAUCUGUAGUGAAAGAAAUGUAGAUUUAUUUGUUAUUUUAUUUAUACGUAAUCGUAUUUCUUAUGAACUUGAUUAAGUGUUAAUAUUAGACGAAGACUUAAUCUUUUACUAUUGCAUUGUAUAAACAAGACUUUCUAACAAAUAUUUAUAAAGAAAUGCAAAAUUCUCAGGGAAAUCUAAUCUACAAGAAACUAUUAAAAUAUUUGUUUUUCAAACGACCUUUACAGGGGUACACAAUAAUCUUUAAUAAAGUAUAUAAUUUUUUUUGUACAUUUUGCUAUGUAAUACAUGAUUUUAUAUUUAAUAAGACUGUUACUACUAAAUUAUUUUCUAACCUAAAAAUUAUGAAUUUACAACUUCUGUGACUUAUCAACUUAAAAUAGAUUAGAUGUAGUUAUUUAUGUACGAUACAAUAAAGUGGGCUUAAUACGUCGAUACAUUUCUUAGUGG